AUGGUCGCCUACGUCGCAAAGGCCACCACCCGCGCAAUUCCCAUAGAGGAAGACGCACCGAGCCCCACCUCCGCCGUGGCGAGCGCCCUCCCCACGCCCCCCCACACGCCCCACGGGACAAAGUUCCACGAGCAGGCCCCGCCCCCCUCUCCCCCCCUCAUCUCGCUCGAGGACUUCAUUGUUCACAUAAUCAAGUCCUCCAACGUCCAAGUCCCCACCCUCCUCACCACCCUCAUCCUGCUCGACCGCCUCCAAUCCCGCCUGCCCAAGAUGGCAAAAGGCAUCCCCUGCACGCGGCAUCGCGUCUUCCUCGCGACGCUCAUCGUCGCAGCGAAGUACCUCAACGACUCGUCCCCGAAGAACAAACAUUGGGCCGCCUACGCCCGCAUCUUCGACAUCGCAGAGAUCAACCUCAUGGAGAAACAGCUCCUCUUCCUCCUUGACUAUGACCUCCGCUUCGACGAGGCCGAGGCGUGUGCCUUCUUCGCGCCGUUCAUG